ACCCGUAGUGCCGUCACAAAGUUUUUUCUUGUCCAUCGGUCAGCAGCAGCUCCUGUGUGCCGUCGAGAGGCUAAUACGUGUCUGUGCUCGUAUCAUCGGUCACGCGGCAGAUUCCGUCGAUUGAGCAGCUUUUUUUCCCGGACUGGAUCGCUGAUUUACGUUUGGAGGAAACGAGUGGAAGCAGCACAGAAAGCUUAAAACUUUUUGCAACAGCCACUAGGUACACGCACUAGAAAGCAUAAAAUGUCCAACCGUACCAUGUCGGCCCAACAGGCCGCCAAGGAGCACGUUCUGGCCGUGUCCCGGGACUUUAUAUCGCAGCCCCGCCUGACCUACAAGACGGUUUCCGGUGUGAACGGUCCGCUGGUCAUCCUCGACGAGGUCAAGUUUCCCAAGUUUGCCGAAAUCGUACAACUUAAGCUGAGCGACGGUACCAUUCGAUCCGGCCAGGUGCUCGAGGUGAGCGGUUCCAAGGCUGUCGUCCAGGUGUUCGAGGGUACCUCCGGUAUCGACGCUAAGAACACGGUAUGCGAGUUCACCGGGGACAUCUUGCGUACUCCGGUAUCGGAGGACAUGUUGGGCCGUGUGUUCAACGGUUCCGGCAAGCCCAUCGAUAAAGGCCCACCGAUUUUGGCGGAAGAUUUCCUGGAUAUUCAGGGUCAACCCAUCAACCCGUGGUCUCGAAUCUACCCGGAGGAAAUGAUUCAGACCGGUAUCUCGGCUAUCGAUGGUAUGAAUUCGAUUGCUCGUGGUCAGAAGAUUCCCAUCUUUUCGGCGGCUGGUCUGCCACAUAACGAAAUUGCUGCCCAGAUUUGUCGACAGGCAGGUCUCGUCAAGCAUACCGGCAAAUCCGUCAUCGACGAGCAUGAGGAUAACUUUGCCAUUGUUUUCGCCGCUAUGGGUGUCAACAUGGAAACUGCCCGUUUCUUCAAGCAGGAUUUCGAGGAAAAUGGUUCCAUGGAGAACGUGUGUCUUUUCUUGAACUUGGCUAACGAUCCAACUAUCGAACGUAUCAUCACACCACGUUUGGCUUUGACGGCGGCAGAAUUUUUGGCUUAUCAGUGCGAGAAGCACGUGUUGGUAAUUCUGACUGACAUGUCGUCAUAUGCUGAAGCUCUUCGUGAGGUAUCGGCUGCCCGUGAAGAAGUCCCUGGUCGUCGUGGCUUCCCCGGUUACAUGUACACGGAUUUGGCCACCAUCUACGAACGUGCUGGACGUGUUGAAGGUCGUAACGGUUCCAUCACCCAGAUUCCCAUUCUAACUAUGCCUAACGACGAUAUCACCCAUCCGAUUCCGGAUUUGACUGGUUAUAUUACCGAAGGUCAGAUUUACGUCGAUCGUCAGCUGCACAAUAGGCAAAUUUAUCCACCAGUUAACGUGCUUCCAUCACUGUCUCGUUUGAUGAAAUCUGCUAUCGGUGAUGGCAUGACCCGCAAGGAUCACUCGGAUGUGUCCAAUCAGUUGUACGCCUGUUACGCUAUCGGUAAGGACGUCCAAGCCAUGAAGGCUGUCGUCGGUGAGGAAGCUUUGACUCCGGAUGAUUUGCUUUACCUGGAGUUCCUGACCAAGUUCGAAAAGAACUUCAUCUCCCAGGGUAACUACGAAAACCGUACCGUCUUCGAAACGCUGGACAUCGGCUGGCAGCUGCUGCGUAUUUUCCCCAAGGAAAUGUUGAAACGUAUUCCAGCUUCGAUUCUGGCUGAGUUCUACCCGAGGGACUCGCGCCACUAAGCCGCCCUCCAGUAAUUGCUAGAAAAGUUUGUUUCCGUUUUAAUCCAUUUGCAAUUUGUUUUCUAUUUUGUUGUUUAUCCAUCGUGUUUUGCCAUAAACCAUGCGAAUGAUGAUCGUAAGCCGGAAAGUAUUGUUAUUUAAUUUAAAUGUAAAAAAUUAACCUUUGCAACCUCUUCAACAAGCCAAAGUAGGCAACCUGCAGACAUUCAGCGAUCGUUUCAACUUAUCGAGCGGAAAUCGAAGAACACUUUCAAUAAUAUUUACAUGUGUGUGCGAGUUCGGUGUAUUUUAAUCUUUCAAAUGUCAUUUCGCUUACGUUACAACUGUGCGAUGCGUUGUGCAAAUUAAGCAUUCCUGAUAGCAGAACGAAAUAACGACACUAAAAUUAAAGUGCUCAGAUAUCGAACAACAACUUGAUUGUUAUAUAUAACAUUCAAAAAGAUGGAAUUUCCCUCGAAAAAUCCUAUUCCCGCUUGCCAUUGAAAGCCUGUGCUGAUCGCGUGGAACAGAAUCGACGUUCGUGCAGCAAGUUAAAAUCGACCAACCAACCAACAAGAAACAAAAAACAACAACAAAAUCUAUGCGAGCAAGAACAUCAGUGCAACUCGAACAGAAAAAAAACGAACAGAAGCUGGCGACGUUGAUUCCAGAGGAAAUUUUCAGCAUCUAAUUUCCUUGGUCAGUUUUCCUGGGCGCACGCCAACUCGAACCAAGAUCCUUUACCAAACGCCAAGAGACGGUGGGAUUGGUAUAGGCCGAUUUGCCAAGCGGCCGAGGAUUGCUUUUUGAACUUGGAAAUCCAAGUCUUGGUCUGGUCGAUCGCAGGACAGCGAGAACUGUGACUAUUUUAUUCGUGGUCAAAGUUAUCGAGUUCUGAGAUCGGUGCAGCACCGGGGCGACAUUUUAUUUUUAUUUUCAAGCCUUGCUAGGGUAAAAUAAUCAACAGUUAAAUUUUUACAGUUAUGCUUUUGUUAUGAACCUUAAGUAAUGUUAGUCUAUCCAGCCGUGGAUGUGGUUUAGCUAUAUAAAGAGGAAAAUCAAACCGUCUACACCUAUCCAAUAAUGUAAGCAGAUAUAGUGUUUACGCGCAAUGUUCUUAUAUUUUGAUUAGUGUCAUAAGUUAGCAGUUAAGUUCCAAGCGUUUCCUUUUUGCAUGUUCUUAUUAUUAUUUGUAGUAAACAGAGGAUGUUAGCCCGGAACGUUCACUAGUUGUCAUCGAUAGUGCCGCGUUACUGCCGUGGAUAGUCUACAUUUCAAUAAAGGUCCAUUUUGUUGGCUGGCUUCACCAUCAACUGGAAGCCUUCUCACGCUGUUGGUUACCAAUCCCCUUUGAUCAAAACGACAUCUGAUAACACUAACAAUUUUUUUGCUUGGCGAAAAAGCAACUUACAUCUGAAGCAUUUCUAGCCAAAGCAAAAUCGAUCAUCACCAGCGGAUCAAUUGUGUGUUUCAUUGCUGUUAAAUGUAACCAUCUACUGAGAAAGCUGCAAAUUGGAUAUCUUCGUUCUAGUACAGACCACCAUGGAAAAAGUCUCGCCCGGAGGGCGAUUAGCGAAUCGGAAGGGAUAACUCCUGUACAAUAAUUACUUUGUAAUCUAAGCGUAGAAAUAACGUAAUCAAAUACACACUAUAAUCAUCGUUAUGCGACGUCAUAGAUCAUUUAAGCUGAAAGGUACUACCGGUAGAAUCUGUUAUAUAGGCCGUGGAAGACGAACUUGAUUAAGAGUGAUGGGCGAGAUCACUGAAGAUAUUAAAAUCGCUAACCUACACAAAAGAAUAUAUUAUGAUACUAUUAGCUGUUGGAAAAUCUAAAUUCAUUCACUGUAUACACUAACAAUGAAACAGGAACAAAACAAACAAAAAAAAAUAAUAAAAGCGGA